UACAACAAAAACUAAAUUACACAUUUGCCUUUGUGAAAAAACCUCCCUAACAAACCGCUUUCUUCAUGCUUUGGAUUCCUAUACAAUAUUCUCUGGAGGGAUAUUGAUCAGUUUCCUUUGUCUUUCUCAAUCUUUCAUGGCUGAUCAUCCACGUUCGCCAACGCCGGAUCUCUACAGCAUCCUUGGAAUAUCAAGAAACUCAUCCAUCAAAGAAAUCCGCAAGGCCUACAAAUUUCUUGUUGCGAAAUGGCAUCCUGAUAAGAACCAUGCCAAUAAGACCGAAGCUGCAGCCAAAUUCUCAGCCAUUAAUGAAGCCUACAACGAGGCCAAGAGGCUGCAUGAAGAACCUCUAACGAUAAGUGAUCCGGUACUCGUUGAAGGUCCCGGUUAUGAUCAUACAAAAAGUAUUAAUCACUUAAAAAGUAUAAAUAAUCAGAGGAAAAAUAGUGUUGAUGAUAGUUUCUUUUCUCGUAGUUCAUCAUUUUCUUUAAGGAGUUUGAGUAGAAGAAGUAAAACCCCAAAUCCAAGGAGGCCUUCGAUGUCAAGAAGUACGAGCAAGAGGAGCACCACCCCAACCUUAUCAAGAAAUUUGAGUCAGAAGAGUCCUCUUGGGACAGAAACAUCUCCUCCUUCAUCAAGACAUACGAGCACAAAAUCUACUGCUUCAGAAACUAGUACUUCUCCACUAAAUCCUUCUUUGUCAAGGAACAUUAGCAAGAGAAGCACCACUCCCAUUUUUUUCUCCCAAUCCACAGCAAGGAGAAAACCUCCUCCUGUUGAGAGGAAGCUAGCAUGCACACUCGAGGAGUUGCUUGAGGGAUCCGUCAGAAAGAUUAAGGUCACAAGAGAUGUCAUCACCGACACCGGGAUGAUCGUUCCAGAAGAAGAGAUAUUGAAGAUCAAUGUGCAGCCCGGAUGGAAAAAAGGAACAAAGAUUAUGUUCGAAGGGAAAGGCGACGAGAAGCCUGGUUACCUUCCUGCUGAUAUAGUUUUCUUGAUAGAUGAAAAGAGGCACCCUUUGUUUGAGAGGGAUGGUGAUGAUUUGAAGAUAGUUCUCGAGAUUCCUCUGGUGAAUGCACUCACUGGCUGCUCAUUCUCGGUGCCUCUUUUAGGAGGUGAAAAAAUGACACUUUCACUAGAUGAUGUAAUAUACCAUGAAUAUGAAAAGGUUAUUAAAGGACAAGGCAUGCCAAACCCUAAAGAACAAGGAAAGAGAGGUGACCUAAAGAUCAAAUUUCUCAUCCACUUUCCCGAAGAACUGACCCAUGAACAGCGAGCUGAAGCUGUUAGUAUCCUGCAAGAUUGUUUUUGA